AUGGGCAUCACUUUGAAGGUGACUGAAGAUGGGAGAUGCUUUGUAGCUCGAAUCAUGCACGGAGGAAUGAUUCACAGGCAAGCCACUUUGCAUGUAGGCGACGAAAUUCGUGAAAUUGAUGGAAUAUCCGUUGCCAAUCGUUCGGUAGAGUCACUACAACAAAUGCUGAGAGAUGCUCGAGGGCAGGUUACCUUCAAGAUUGUCCCGUCAUAUCGCUCCGCACCACCCGCAUGUGAAAUUUUUGUGCGUGCUCAAUUUGAUUAUGAUCCUUCUGAAGAUGAUUUGAUUCCCUGUCCACAAGCAGGCGUUCCUUUUAAAACUGGUGACAUACUCCAGGUGAUCUCAAAAGAUGAUCAUAACUGGUGGCAAGCACGAUUUGUCUCGAGCUUUCCUUCUUUUGGAACAUCGUCAACUGUCUCACUCAACGUUGCUGGACUAAUACCUUCUCCAGAGUUGCAAGAAUGGAGGACUGCUUGUUUAGCGAUGGAGAGAGCGAAAGAUCAUUCACAUUGUAUGUGGUUCAAUAGAAGAAAGAAGUAUUAUACAACAAAAUAUCUCCAAAAACAUUCUGCUCUUUUUGAUCAACUGGACCUUGUUACAUACGAAGAGGUAAUGCGAUUGUCGCAGUAUCGGCGGAAAACAUUGGUACUAUUAGGGGCGCAUGGUGUUGGGCGGCGACACAUCAAAAAUACACUCAUCCAUAGGCACCCAAAUAAAUUUGCUUAUCCGAUACCACAUACAACGAGGCCUCCACGAAAGGAGGAAGUUGAUGGAAAGCAUUACUUUUUCGUUUCCAACGACCAAAUGCUUAUUGACAUACAAAACAAUGAGUACCUUGAAUAUGGGACUCAUGAAGAAAGCAUGUAUGGAACGAAGCUGGAAACGAUUCGUAACAUACACAAAAGUGGUAAAGUAGCAAUACUAGAUGUAGAACCGCAAGCGCUAAAGGUGUUGAGGACAGCAGAGUACUCACCAUUUGUCGUUUUUAUUGCAGCUCCCAAUCUGCAGGGUCUCCAGGAUCCUGACGGUAGUCUGGAGCGACUCCUGCGAGAAUCUGAGAUCCUUCGGCAAGCGUUUGGCCAUUUGUUCGACUAUGUGAUAGUUAACAAUGAUAUUGAUGAAACUAUUGUUCAACUGGAACAAAUUGCUGAAAAGCUAUCAGUCUGCCCACAGUGGUUGCCGGUUUCAUGGGUAUACUGA